CCUUUCUCUCUCUCCUCGCCUUUCUUUGUCUUCGAUCCGCAUCCUGUCGUCGCCGGAACCCUAACCCUGAUCUUAUUCCUCGGCGGCCUACGCCAUGGGGAGUACAGGAAAGCUUAUGAACCAGAUCAUGGAACUCAAGUUCACGGCGAAGAGCCUGCAGCGGCAGGCGCGCAAGUGCGAGAAGGAGGAGAAGUCGGAGAAGCUCAAGGUGAAGAAGGCGAUCGAGAAGGGAAACAUGGACGGCGCUCGGAUCUACGCCCAGAAUGCGAUCCGGAAGCGCACCGAGCAUAUGAACUACCUCCGCCUUGCCUCCCGCCUCGACGCCGUCGUUGCCCGCCUCGAUACCCAGGCCAAGAUGCAAGUCAUCGGCAAGUCCAUGGGAUCCAUCGUCAAGUCCCUUGACGCCGCCCUCGGCACCGGCAACCUCCAGAAGAUGUCUGAGACUAUGGAUCAGUUCGAGCGCCAGUUCGUCAACAUGGAGGUUCAGGCCGAGUUCAUGGAGGGCGCCAUGGCCGGAUCCACCAGCCUUUCCACCCCAGAGACUGAGGUCAACAGCCUCAUGCAGCAGGUCGCCGACGACUACGGCCUCGAGGUCUCCGUCGGCCUGCCGCAGCCGGCCGCACAUGUCAUCUCGGCAAAGGACAACGAGAAGGUGGACGAGGCCGAUCUCUCCAGACGCCUUGCGGAGCUCAAGGCCAGGGGCUAAAGGCUUUGUUACCAUUUGCUGAACUCUCAAUAAGAACACUUUUCUAUUGCAUGCUGUUGAGCUGGUGAUAAAGGGCAUAUUUGUAGAUACCCUGAUAAGCUGGAGAACUGUGAUGCUUUUGGUGAUUGUAAUAGCCUACAUUUUUAGCAGCAUUAUAAAGCUUAAAGGUUUCUGUGUAUCUUUCUCUAAAUUGACAAGGAAGCUACUUCUCCGUGAAAUAAUGAGUGAAAAAGUUUUCAACAA